UCGUGUGUCAAAGCAAAGCAGCGAGAAUCAGAGUCACAGUAGAAGGAUCCAUGUGUUUCACCUGCCAUGAAAGAGGACGCGCAAACGCUCCGACGGUCCACCACCGUGGCCGAGAAGCGUGCCAUCUACUCGCAGACACGGGCGAUCUUGCAGAAGAUCCGAGCAAAGCAACCAUCAGAGGCAGAUGAGAAUGCCGCCCUAGACCCAUCGGGAAAGAUUGAAGCUUCCUACGCCCAGAGUGGGGAUUGGAGGAAAGUUCGCCAGUUCUUCAACAACAGCAAGAAGGUGCGGAAGACUCAUGACGUCAUGCAGGUUUGGCUGCAGGUGAAGCGCGACAACACCCGGCGCCGCCUCAUGGAAGCCUUGACGGAGUUCAUCCAAUCCGAAGCGUUGCGCGCUGCGCAGGCAGCCGAGGCCGCGGAGGUCUUCCACGCGCUGGAGACGGCCGCGGAGGCUCUCCAAGGAGAACCAAGAGAAGAGAUUGUGGACAUCCACGUUUUCUCCAAGAAAGCUGGUGACCUCAUGGAGUCUUUGGCCACCAUGAAGAGUGAACAGGAUGAGCUGCUGCGCGAGGUGGAAGCGCUGCAAGCGAGCAUGAACCUCUCCUCGCGCCGAGCUGGUCGGCUGGUGGCCAAGAUCAAUGCGAGCGAGAUGGGCGACAAGGUGAAGGCCAUCCAAGCCUUAGCAGCGAGUGUCCUCCAGGACGAUGAAGAAGAGGAUGCCGAAGAAUCCGUGGAAGAACAGGAGCAGGAGGAGUGCGCUGCAUCGGGCGCUGCAUCGGAGGCGCCGGAUGAGUUGACAGAGGGACGACUCGAUGACCACGACCAGACCUUGAUGACCUUUGCGGAGCAGCGUGAGGAGCUGAUUCAGAAGAUCAUGAAGAUCGAGGUCUUGCUGCGCCGUUCGCGCGCCUUGGGAAGCUCCCAAGAUGCCAUCGCUGAGGAGAUGAAGGAGAACCUGUGCCCCUUGCUUCCCCGCAUGAGGCCCCGGCCCCGGUGCGGCGAGGGACACCUCAUGAAUGAGGUGUCUGGCAGAGCGCCUACAAGCAGGUCAGAGGAGUGUUGCUGCAGCUGCGGCCUUGAUGCACAGCGCUUCUUGAGAUCUGCCCGGUUGGCGACCCGGACCCCUUCGAAAAGCCUGCCACAGAUGGAAAAUGCCCAGGAGGAGCCAGCCACACACUGGGUUUGCCAAGACUGCCUUUUCCACAGACAUGUGGCUAUUUGGAUGUGCAAGCGGUGCAGCCUCGAAUGUGAGAAGGAGGAGAUCGAUCGCGUGGGCGCUGCGUUGGAAGCCAAGGCGAGGAAGCCAGAGAAUCUGCUCAAACUACAAGCCUUCAUGGAGUCCAUCGACCCGGGGAUACGCGCAGAGGCCCUGCAACGCUUGGGCUUCCACCAAGUGCUGGUGGAGGCAAGUUGCCCCAGCAAGCGGGUGCAGUACGUUCGAAAGGAGAAGCCGAAAUGGAAGCCACCACAGGCUCUGAGAAGAAAGUCUACACAACGAGCCUCGUUGUCCGUGUCGCAUGUGGAUGUCAACUUCCAGACGCCUGUCGAGGAAAGCCCUGCGCCGGCUUCACCUCCAGCCCCGCCACUGCCUGAGCUGCCUGAGCUAGGGCCGGAGAUGACGAGAAUCACCAUUGAAGGAGUUCUUUUGGAGCGAACCCUUGGGCACCCGGAGCAGGAGCUGCGCAGUAGCUGGGCCGUUAGGGCUCGACGUAGCCAACUUGCGGUGGAGGCCGCGUCGAUCGCCAAGCGGUUGGCGCCCAGAGUGGAGGCGCCAAAGAACUGGGAGUCCACUCAGCCGCCCUCCACGAAGUUGCAACGACGAGUGGAGCAAGCCACGUUGAUUGCCUGGAAGGAACGCGCUGAGCACCACGACACGCCACGAGGUGAGCGGCUGGUGGACCACCUGAAAGAAGCAGACCAAGGAUAUGAUAGGAGAAGUUGGGAGCCCAUCCCCCAGGUCCAGGCCGCUCAUCUCCCCACUGGAGCGCUUCUCGCCAUGUCCCCUGGACGUCCAACCACACAGCCCCAAGCAGUCACACGCCCCACGGCAAGCCAUCCCGGAGCUGCAACGUGUGAUGACAUUAGACGCGGUUCCGAGUCUUCCGCGGCCCAAGACGGCUGCACAGGUGCCGAAGUCCGAGAUCCGCAGUGUCAAGCAAUGGCUGCGCGUCGUCAUGCCGAAGGUCAAUGCUCAGGAGCGCGAAACGGAUGAAGCCGAGGCGCCUGAGGCAUUGAGACCUGCCACGGCGAGACUGUUCG